AUGGGCCAUAAUGACAAGUGGUCCACUAAUAAGGUUAAAAGAUCGAUUCAAAAGAUGAGCAAGAAGCAUGUGGUGAAAUUGGACGAAGAACAAAUCACGGAGUUGCGAGAAAUAUUCCGUACCUUCGAUCGGAACAACGACGGGAGUCUCACGCAGUUGGAGCUGAGUUCGCUUCUGCGAUCGUUAGGUCUGAAGCCGAGCGCAGAGCAAUUGGACGUGUUUAUCCAGAGGGCGGACACGAACAACAACGGGCUGGUGGAGUUCUCCGAGUUCGUCGCGCUCGUGGCGCCGGAGCUUCUGCCGGCAAAAUCGCCGUACACGGAGGAGCAGCUGCUGCAGCUGUUCCGAAUGUUCGACCGCGACGGGAACGGGUUCAUCACCGCGGCGGAGCUGGCCCACUCCAUGGCGAAGCUGGGCCACGCCCUCACGGCGGCGGAGCUGACCGGGAUGAUCAAAGAGGCCGACACCGACGGCGAUGGGAUGAUCAACUUUCAGGAAUUCGCUCACGCUAUUACUUCUGCCGCUUUUGAUAAUUCCUGGCCUUAA